AUGUUGACGAAUGCAGAUACCACCAGGGCUCCACGACCGGGUGAAGAGCAUGGGCGCGAGUAUUAUUUCACAACAAAGGCGGAUUUCCUCGACCUUGUGAGCGUAAAUGGGUUCAUUGAACAUGCGCAGUUUGGAGGGAAUCACUAUGGCACCAGUGUCCAGGCGGUGAAAAAUGUUGCGGAGAAGGGUAAAAUCUGUAUCCUCGAUAUCGAGAUGGAGGGUGUGAAGCAAGUGAAGCGUACGGACCUAAAUGCUCGUUUUCUGUUUCUUGCACCCCCUUCUGUGGAAGAAUUGGAGCAGAGGUUGCGAGGGAGAGGCACCGAAUCCGAAGAAAGCUUGAGCAAGCGGUUAGCGCAGGCUAAAAAUGAGCUCGAGUACGCCAAGGAACCCGGCGCACAUGACAAGGUAAUCAUCAAUGAUGAUCUGGAAAAAGCCUACACAGAGCUUAGGGAUUGGAUUGUCGACGGCCAUAAAUUUGGGGCGCAGUAUUAG